AGGAGCCACACAAUGAAAAUAGUGGAGCGAAAAAACCAUGGCUUUUUCUCUCCCAAAAUCCUCACCAUUUCCCCUUCCCAAUCCCCUUAAUCUCCUCAUUUUCUCAAUUUCGAUCCUUCUCACGCUCAAUCUAAUCCUCGGGUCGGAGAUGGGAAGCGUGGGAAAUGGGGGGAACGAACUGUUUCCGGAGAUUCUGAGGGAUGAGGCGGUGUUUAGAAUCAGAGAGCUCGGAAAGGUAUCUGAUCGUGAAGGAUAUCUUGAAAGGACAUUCUUAAGUCCUGCCGCUUUAAGAGCUACUGAUCUUAUCAUCAGUUGGAUGCAGGAUGCUGGAUUAAGAUCUUGGGUGGACCAAAUGGGCAACAUACAUGGUCGAACUGAGUCGGUCAAUUCAAGUGCUGAGGCCUUACUGAUUGGAUCUCACAUGGACACUGUUGUUGAUGCUGGUAUGUACGAUGGAGCACUUGGUGUAAUAUGUGCCAUCUCUGCUUUGAAGGCCCUGAAGAUCAGUGGGAAAUUGCAGAAACUAUAUAGGCCGGUGGAGGUGAUUGCAUUCAGUGAUGAGGAAGGUGUCAGGUUUCAAUCAACUUUUUUAGGGAGUGCUGCUGUAGCUGGUAUCCUACCACCAUCGACACUGCUCGCAACUGAUAAGAGUGGCGUUACAGUGCAAAAUGUCCUUAGAGAAAACUCUUUCGAGGCUACCAUUGAAAGCCUUGGCCGAGUCAAGUACAAUCCACAAUCCGUUUGGGGUUAUGUUGAGGUUCACAUCGAACAAGGCCCUGUAUUGGAAACACUGGGUUAUCCUCUUGGCAUUGUCAAAGGAAUAGCCGGACAGACACGAUUAAAGGUGAUAGUAAAUGGGGUGCAAGGGCAUGCCGGAACAGUCCCGAUGCCAUUGCGCCAAGAUCCGAUGGCUGCUGCUGCUGAACUAAUUGUAACAUUGGAAAGUCUGUGUAGAAAACCCGAGAAAUUCUUAACUUAUGAUAAUGAAUGUGGAUGCGUCACGAAGGAAUCUCUAGCGGGAUUGGUCUGCACGGUGGGGGAACUAUCUUGCUGGCCAAGUGCGAGCAAUGUCAUCCCUGGCCAGGUUAAUUUUACCGUCGAUGUACGGGUGAUUGAUGACAAAGCAAGGGAAGCCAUACUAGCUGAGCUCUCAAAGCAAAUUUAUUGGAAGUGUGAUCGUCGGAUGAUCAAUUGUACAAUUGAACUUAAGCAUAGUGCAGAGGCUGUUCUUUGCGACUCGGGAUUAGCCGUACAAUUAAAACAAGCGGCAACUUCAGCUUUAAGAAAGAUGCACGGCUACACCCCUAGCGAGAUGCCGAUCUUAAUGAGUGGAGCAGGACAUGAUGCAAUGGCGAUGGCUCGGUUAACAAAGGUCGGCAUGUUGUUUGUUCGAUGCCGAGGGGGAAUCAGCCAUUCUCCCGAGGAAUUUGUGUUGGAUGAUGAUGUCUGGGCUUCUGGUCUUGCUCUCCUUCAUUUUCUUGAGCAACAUGUAGUCGGAGAUAGUGUGUAAAAUUUUCCGUAAUGUUGUACCAAUUGUUACGUGUAAAUGGACGUAUUAAUGUAAAAUGAAAGGUUAUUUGUGCGGGAACAAGCCUCACUGUGGUGAGGUAUUUGAGGCUCGUGUUCUGGGUGAAGGAUUUUGAUUGGUUUGCACGCGAUGCGGUGUGAGAUGAUGCAUGAAUUUUCCGAGGAAAUGCCUUAUUUUGGCGGAAUCAAGGAUUUUGAUUGGUUUGCA